AAAACUCCUGGGCCAACCAUCGGAUCGCCUAAAAUUGUGGAGCUCUUUGCUUAUCCCUUCUCCGCCCGCUCUUGUCCAGAUUCGAGAUCGGAUUCCCGAUAAUGCCGACGCCGGCGACCGCCGCAGCCGCUGCCCUCUCCCCGUCGCUCUUCCUCCAGUCCCUCUCCUCCGCCGCUACAAUCGCCCCUCUUUCUCGCCCCUCUUUGUUCCGCCCCUGCCCCACCGCGACCAUCCUCCCUUUUAGGGCUAGACUCCGUGUCACGUGCCAGACCGUCCUCUCCGCUGACGUCUCUUCUUCUGCCGAAAUAGAGGAAGAGGAGCAGCUGGCGGCGGCUAAGAUCGGGAAAAGGGUUCGCGUCAUCGUGCCGCUGAAGGUUUACCACGUGCAGAAGGCUCCGGGCCUGGAUCUCAACGGCCUGGAAGGGGUGAUCAAGCAGUAUGUCGGGGUUUGGAAAGGGAAAAGGAUCUCCGCCAAUCUCCCAUUCAAGAUUGAGUUCCAAAUCGAGGUCGAAGGGCAACCCCGCCCGGUCAAGUUCAUCUCUCAUCUCAAGGAGGAUGAGUUCGAGUACGUGGAUUGAGCCCGGGAUGUGUCUUUCGGUUUUAAGAUGGAGAUUUCAGAUUCGCGAGAAGGAAGAUGCUUUGGUGUAACUGGCAAAUACUUUAGCUUUAGCUUUAUCAUGAUACAGUGAAAAUAUUAUCCUGUAAAUUGUGAAUUAGGAUGCUGAAAGUGAAAAAUUGAAAAGGUGAGCUACAUGAUGCCGUGAAGUAAGUUUCUAAA